GUACCUUAACAUGGGGAACCUUCUAAAAGUUUUGACAUGCACAGACCUUGAGCAGGGGCCAAAUUUUUUCCUUGAUUUUGAAAAUGCCCAACCUACAGAAUCUGAAAAGGAAAUUUAUAAUCAGGUGAAUGUAGUGUUAAAGGAUGCAGAAGGAAUACUGGAAGACUUGCAGUCAUAUAGAGGAGCUGGCCAUGAAAUACGAGAGGCAAUACAGCAUCCCAAUGAUGAGAGGCUGCAAGAGAAGGCGUGGGGUGCCGUUGUUCCACUAGUAGGCAAACUAAAGAAAUUUUAUGAAUUUUCUCAAAGACUAGAGGCAGGUUUGCGAGGACUGUUGGGAGCUCUGACAAGCACUCCGUACUCACCAACGCAACACCUGGAGCGAGAGCAGGCUCUUGCUAAACAGUUUGCAGAAAUCCUUCACUUUACACUCCGUUUUGAUGAGCUCAAGAUGACAAAUCCUGCUAUACAGAAUGACUUCAGCUACUAUAGAAGAACUCUGAGCCGUAUGAGGAUUAACAAUGUCCCAGCAGAGGGAGAAAAUGAAGUAAAUAAUGAGUUGGCAAACAGAAUGUCUUUAUUUUACGCUGAAGCAACGCCAAUGUUGAAAACCUUAAGUGAUGCUACAACAAAGUUUGUGUCAGAGAAUAAAAAUUUACCGAUAGAGAAUACUACAGAUUGCUUAAGCACCAUGGCUAGUGUGUGCAGGGUGAUGCUGGAAACCCCUGAAUAUAGAAGCAGGUUUACAAAUGAGGAAACAGUAUCGUUCUGUCUGAGGGUAAUGGUGGGUGUCAUCAUACUCUAUGACCACGUGCAUCCGGUGGGCGCUUUUGCCAAAACUUCAAAAAUUGAUAUGAAAGGAUGCAUCAAAGUUCUUAAAGACCAGCCUCCUAACAGUGUAGAAGGCCUUCUAAAUGCUCUCAGGUACACAACAAAGCAUUUGAAUGAUGAGACUACCUCCAAGCAAAUUAAGUCCAUGUUGCAAUAACAGUUACCUGGAAUUCGCCCCUGCUGUAGACAGACAGUAUUCUGCAAUGACUGAGAUGCACAGAUUUAUUUUUUUUUUAGUGAUUGCAACUACUAUCUUGUUCAUUCUUGCUUUUUAUUUUCUCUCUUCCUGUUUACCCUUUUUUAAAUCACUUUCUUGUUCUUAAGUAAGCUCAGACUUCUUUUCUGUGCCAAAUCAAUGAAAAUUAUCCGUUCUGGAAAGUAUUUCUGCUUUUCAGAAUAGCCAUCCUAAGUGGCAGCUAAUUAUGCGUUGCAUUUGGAUUUCUCUGUACUGGGGAAAGAUUUGUGACUUGAACUAAAUAUUUUUAAACUUGUGGUUUUUUUCUUUUUUUGAAAAACUAAUAUUUAAUAUUGCUUCUUCUGCAUGGCGAGACUGCCUACUUCUGCUAUUUAAAAAUCCCUCGAUGACUUCAUUUUCUAUUGCAGCUUAUUUUCAUGUGCAACCAUGAGGAAACUAAAAGCAGAUUUGUUUAAAUUAACUGUGUUUGUACAAAAUGGUACCCAACACAAAGGUUUUUUUAAAUGAGUAAAAACUGUUUUGGUUAAAAGUUACGUUUGCAUUUUGACUCAUUUUUGUAAGGAUGUAUGUUGUAUGUUUAACCUUUAAUAACUAACGUUAAACUGUGGUGUGUGCGUAGCAAAAUUACGUAUGCAUGUUCAUGUCAAAUGAUUGGCUGUGGAUAAGAUAAUAAAAUCAGCUUUCAUUUUUCUAAG